AUGGAAGACGACAAUCAAAGGAUAAUGUGUAUGAAUGACGACGAUGGAUCCAAUUGUUCAAGAAAUCUUAACGAAGAUCAGCAGAAAGCACUUAAAAUGGCUAUCAGUUCGGAAGAAAACAGUAUCGUCCUUAUUCAGGGUCCUCCCGGUACUGGAAAAACGUUCACACUUGCUGAAGUCAUUUGUGAAUUUAUGAUUCGAAAAGAAAAGAUAUUCGUGCUUACUCCAUCGAAUUAUGCGAGAUUCAACAUUAUCAAUGCCGUCGGAAAAAGUGUCAAUGAAAAGAAAUUGCAAGUAUCCGAAACAGCAUUGAUACAUAAGGAAAGUAUGGAAAUUUUUAUUCGAUGCCAUCCGGACUAUAAAGCUAUUAACAAUUUGGCGAAAGCUCGAGACGAGCUUGAUAUAGCAAGCGAGGAAUUCGAGGAACUUCAAAAGGAAAUUAUUAUUAGGAAGAAUUUAAUCAAAAGGCAAAUAUUAAGUGAUGCGCUUGUCGUAUUUUCGACUGUUACCAGCUCAUUUGUGCAGACUUGCCAGAAAGCGAUGUUCAAUACUAAUAUUGCCAUUAUCGAUGAAGCCGGACAGUUAGCUGAAGUGCAUCAGUGGUCUAAUAUGAAAAAUAUCACGCGCCUAAUUCUUGCCGGGGACCCGCAACAGUUGCCUGCCUUUUCAAGAAUCAACGAGGCAAAAGAGGCUAAACUCAAUGAAUCUUUGAUGGAACGCCUAUUAAGAGAGCAUAAUUGGGAUAAAUUCAUAAUGCUCACAACUCAAUACAGAGAAAUACCGAAUGUUAAAGCUAAAUCGAUAAUCGGUGACCCUAGAUUCUCUCCACUAGUUCUCUGCGAUACUGAUGGAGAAGUUCAUUUAGUUUUAACCCAUCUCGAAACAUUACUUCAAUACGGAGUUUUGCCGGAACAUAUUGGAAUAAUUACACCAUACAUUGCUCAGGACAUUGUUAUCGACACCGUUGACGCAUUUCAGGGAAAAGAACGUGAAAUAAUUCUAUUUUCGAUGGUCAGAAAAAAUCCGUUAGCAAUCUUAGGGUUUCUGAACGAAAUUAAAAGAUUAAAUGUCGCAGUUACUCGCGCAAAACGACAAUUUAUCAUGUUUGGAUCGUCGUGGAUGCUUAGCAAAUCGAAAAAGAAAGAAAUAAUCAAACUUUUAGAGUAA